AUGGCGGCGAGGGCAUCCAGAACACCUUCCCUACGUCUCUGCCGUGUCUUCUGUCCCCCGCCAUGGCCAGCCGCACAUUCGACGAAGCAAGGACUGUCCCAUCCGAUAAAGGGGACAACUGUUCCUUUUGUCCAUCGUCGAUUCCAGUCCGGUCACGGCACCCCGGGAGGUACAGGUGGGGGGAACGACUAUCAAUUGGGCCCGAGCCAGGAAGUCCAGCCCCAGCCGAAUACCCAGUCCUGGGGUGAAUCUGGGCAACACGAAGAAGACUUCCGUAGUCACAAUAAGCAGAGACAUGACUGGCGACAGACUGCUUAUCGCAUGUUAGAAAGCGCUGCAACUACUGGCGCAUCUCUCGCUAUCUUAGGUCUUGCAGGUUUUGGAUAUCAUAAGUUGGUCUACCUCGAGGCUUCUUUCAUCUUCCGAUACUUGCCCGCCCGCCCCACCCGUCGCAUUCACCGAUUCCAUCGCACAGAAUACUAUAAGAACGUGGUUCUUCAGAAGAUAAACAAUGCCUUUGAGCCUGGUGACCCUGUUCUUGAGUUAGCUGCUGCCGGUAGGGGAUCCACGUCUGUCGUGCCCGGCGGUACCGAGAAAGAAUGGAUCGUUCGGCCUGAACAAGAUAAGAUAGACAAGGUCGUCGCCGGGGAGACCAAUGGCCACUAUUAUCUCCUCUUGGGGGAAAAAGGGUGCGGGAAAACAUCUAUGAUACUAGAUGCUAUGCAGAAAGUUGACGGUCUGGGGAUUGCGAUGAUGGAGUGCCACGCAGAUCUUGAGAUUUUCCGGAUCCGCCUCGGAAAAGCUUUAGAUUUUGAAUUCCAUGAGGACUAUAUUGGUUCACUUUUCUCCAUCAGAGGGCCAAGGGACACUACCGCUCUUCUUGAUAUAGAACGUGCCUUCAACAAAUUAGAAAAAGUCGCCUUGAAGCGGAAAAGGCGCACCGGUCAACCGCUUGUACUGAUUUUUAACUCUAUGCAUCUUCUUAGAGACGAUGAAGAUGGUCUUGACCUUAUCGAAUUGCUCCAGCAAAGGGCCGAAGCGUGGGCAGCCACUGGGCUUUGCACCGUAUUGUUUUGUUCGGAUGACUACAUAGUCUACGAAAAGCUGAAACACUAUGCAUCAAGAAUGGAACUUAUCACCGUCCAAGAUCUACCUAAAGACAUGGCUAUAUCUGCAUUGCGACGGUAUCGAGCAAAACACCACGCUAACCAGGACACAGAAGGCGAUUUAGAAAGGAUCUAUCAGUUAGUUGGGGGUCGCCUUUCGUACCUUAGCCGUGUUGCCCAAGCUUCGAAUAUGGAAGCCAAAGCGAAUGAAAUUAUUGAGAACGAAGAGCGAUGGCUCCUAACAAAUUGUGGUCUUCUUGGAGAAGGUCAGGAUGACGACGUGAAUGAGUACUCUAAGUUUGCAUCCGCCGCCAUGGUUUUGUGCAGAGCCCUGGUGGCUAUGGAGGAUAAGGUUGAAGGUGGAACUUAUAACGAAGAUAGAGGGUGGAAGUUACCCCAGGUCCCACUACACAUCGCCAGGGAAAUCAUGACCAGAGCGGAUUUCAUACACCGAUACGAUCAUCUGAAUUUGUUCACCAUAGAUAGCAAAGCUAACGUUAGGGCGGAUUCCGUCCCCAUGGCACUGGCAAUGCGAAAGGUUUGCAAGGACCCUAGGUUUGAUCAACUUUUGGAAGAUUCCUUAGAACGAAUCGGCGAUGUCGAGAGCUUGGGCCGUACUCGAGAGAUUACCCUCAAGGAUUUGUGGGAGUCGGGGAAGUACGAGUUCACAAUGCGGAAUGCGAAGGGGUACACGGACAAGGUCAUUACAUUUACUGCGACACCUGCCGAGAAGCCAGACGGGGAUGAAGAUUCCAGUGAUAAGAAAUAA